UGGUAUUAUUCUUAUAAUAUUUAACAUGAAUCAAUCUGUUAUUAUUAAACAUCUGUUUUGAAAGUAUUUUAAUUUUGCGCUGCUCUUCUUCUUCUGUUUAAUAUUUUCAUCAGAAAACGAAAACAAUUCUUUUAUAAAAUGGAGACUUCUAUUAAUAAAAAAUUUAAUAAUUUAAAUUUAAAUAAUUCCAAGGAAUUAAUGGACUCGACAGGUGUUCCUUUUAUUAACCCUAACUUAAAACAGAUAUCAACUCAAACACCACUAGAAGAUUAUGACCACAAUAUGACAGCUGAAACGGACUAUGAAUACGUUAAUGAUGAUGAAUUUGAAAAAUAUGGCUUUUGGUAUACAUUUGCCCAGGCUCGCAAUACAGUAUGGAAACUUUUAUUUGACAAAACAACCUUAAAAGAAGAAAACUUUAAUAAAGCCGCUCAACUUUUAGAAGACUACAGAUGCGAUGCAUUCAUGAUAAUGCCAAGAGGUUAUAAUCUUUGGAUACCCACUGUUAAAGGUGAACUUUUAAAAAGAAAUUAUUUUCAUUUUUGGCAAAAUGUUAUAGUGGAUAAACAAUUGGGAUUAUGUAAUGGCAUAGAUGCCAAAUUUGCUGAUGACAUGUUGGAUGGUAAAGAUCCUGAAGAAUUUUAUAAAGUAGCGGAGGAUUUUAUCGAACAACAGUAGACAAAUUAGUUUAUGAAAUAUGUGUUACUUGUAGAUUCCGUAUAAACUAAAAAUUAAAUAAAUUAAUUUUUGAUGAAAUCCUUUCCCGUAUUAAAAAAUUUAUUGGGAUCCUUACCAUCUAACUCAUCAUCAUCAAAUUUUGUAUCAGUACCGCAGCAUAAACCUAAUUCUUUGUUUAUUAUUAUCUCUUGCCAAAAAAGCCAUAAAAGUUCAUCUCUAACGUUGGGUA